AUGAUUAGAUCAGCAUUCAAACCUACUCCUUUGAGAAGGAUUCAAGGAUCAUGUUCUAGACUUCAAAUGACAAAGAAACCAUAUGAAAAAUAUCAACCAGCUUCAAUUGUAAAUUUACCAGAUCGACAAUGGCCCAAUAAAACGAUAGAAAAAUCACCAAGAUGGUGUGCCGUAGAUUUAAGAGAUGGAAAUCAAUCACUUGUGAAUCCAAUGAGCGUUUCACAAAAAACUAAAUUCUUUGAAUUACUUAUUCAAUGUGGUUUCAAAGAAAUCGAAGUUGGAUUUCCGGCUGCUAGUGAUACAGAUUUUGAUUUUGUUAGAAAGAUGUCAAUCGAAAAGAAAUUUGUACCGGAUGAUGUUGCAAUUCAAGUUUUAUCUCCAGCAAGAGAAGAUUUAAUUAAAAGAACAUUUGAAGCUGUACGAAAUGGAAAGAAUGUGAUCUUUCAUAUGUAUAAUGCCACAUCACCAUUAUUUCGAAAAACCGUUUUUCAAGCAUCUAAAUCUAAAACGAUUGAAUUAGCUGUUAAACAUACUGAAUUAGUUAGAAAUUUAUCAGAUCAAGCGAUUUCUAGAGGUGAUUUAACUAAAUGGCAAUUUGAAUAUUCACCUGAAACUUUUACUCAAACUGAACCGGAAUUUGCUGUUGAGAUUUGUGAAGCGGUUAAAGAGACUUGGUUUAAAGGUAAAGAUAUGAAAAGUUCGGCUCCGAUUAUUUUUAAUUUACCUGCUACUGUUGAAGUGGCUACACCCAAUGUUUAUGCAGAUCAGAUCGAGUACUUUAUUCGAAAUAUUUCAGAUCGUGAACAUUGUCAUAUCAGUCUUCAUACUCAUAAUGAUCGAGGAACAGGUGUUGCAGCCACAGAAUUAGGUUUAUUAGCAGGAGCUGAUCGAGUAGAAGGAUGUUUAUUUGGAAAUGGAGAACGAACUGGAAACGUAGAUUUAGUAACGGUAGCAUUAAAUAUGUAUUCACAAGGACUUUCACCACAACUUGAUUUUAGUGAUAUCAAAAACGUAAUAGAUGUGGUGACCGAAUGUAAUGAUUUACCUGUUCAUCCAAGACAUCCUUACUCUGGUGAAUUAGUCUUUACAGCUUUUAGUGGAUCUCAUCAAGAUGCUAUUAAGAAAGGAUUCGGAUUACAAAACUCAAGUUCAGGACCAUCGGUUUGGAAUAUGCCUUAUCUUCCCAUCGAUCCACAUGAUAUCGGAUGUGAUUAUGAAGCAGUCAUCAGAGUCAAUUCUCAAUCUGGUAAAGGAGGUGUGGCUUAUCUUAUACUCGAAUCACUUGGACUUGAUUUACCUAGAAAGAUGCAAGUUUCGUUUUAUGGGAUCGUACAAGACUUAGCAGAUCGAACAGGUCGAGAAAUGACAGUAGGAGAUAUCACUAAAGCAUUUCAAACAGCUUAUCAUUUUGGAGAAGGAAAUGAAGGACGAUAUGAAUUGAUUGAUUAUUCGAUUUCGAAUUCGAUUGAAAAAACUACAUCAUCAGAUCCAACUCCACGUAAGAUUGUUAAAGCGAAUAUUAAAGAUAAUGGAGUUGAAGUCACGAUUUCAGGUGUUGGAAAUGGACCAGUUAGUGCUAUGCUUGAUGCAUUGAAAAAUCAUUCAGGUAUGUUAUUAGAUGUAGUCACUUAUGCUGAAAACUCAAUUGGAUCGGGUAGUGAAACCAAAGCGGCUUCUUACUUUGAAUUAAAAGAUCAACAAGGUAGAAUUGUUUGGGGUGUAGGUGUUGAUAAUGAUUCUACAACUUCUUUACUUAAAGCUGUUCUUAGUGGUGCAACUACUGCAACUACUUCACCACAACAAAUGUCAGAUCAUAUUGCUACUACAAUUAUUAAAACGGUUUAA